AUGGAUGCACUCUCCCGUCGACUCAAACAGAUCGAAGGCGACCUGUCCUUCCAACAGCGUGGCAUCCCAGCGCUCGAUGAGCUGACUAUCUCGAGACCGGUGACGCCUGAGGAGUCUGUGCCAGGCAGGAGUCUACCGAGCCUAGCAGCAGAGCUCCCGAUCAAGCACUCCAAGGCGUCACAGAAGCGCUACUGCGGCGCAAUCUGCAAGCUACACAAGACAAGCGAUCCUCCAGAAGAAUUGGUCAGACUACACGAGCAAUUGAGCGAGCGAGACGCGACGGUCGAUGAGCUCAUCCGAGGCCGCGCUUGCUGCGAAGAGCCACAUGCGGACGGGCAGGAGAAUGGUCAUGCCACUCGACAGUCGCAGAACCAUGCAGCGGAUCCAAUCUCGCCAGUCUCGAUCCGUCAUACCGCUUCACCUCCGCAAUCGUCUUACAGCCCAUCUCAGCUUCUGGCCUCCUCAUCACACACCCCGAUUGAGCGACCUCUCGUGGUGCACGAUCAGCUCUGCUCUUCUGGAAAGAGUCUCUCGCCGUCCAAGCGCAUUCGGCCAGAGCCGGAUCGCGUGACAAGAUCCCAGAGAUGGAAAUCGAUGCCCAGAGCGACUUCGCCGGAUCCCUCACCUUACUUGCUCACUAUUCCUGCCGACGUACUCCUCUGGACGCGAGCCGAAGCAGAGAGGAGUUCGCGUACUUUUGGCGAAGGUCCCAGACGGGCGAACAAGGGAUACAUCGGCUGGCUAGAGACGAUCUUCUGGCUCGUCACGCCUUUAGGCAAACUAGCCGUCGGCUGA